AUGUCUACCUCAAAGACCGUCCAAUGGGGAGAAUCACAGCACGCUUCUCUCACGCUGUGGGAUAUUGAUCGCGAAUUCCAGCAAGCACACGGAGCGUACAAGCAAUGGCAAGCACGACAUCUACGCACACGACCAGCAUGGAAUUGCUUUGGACUCCAGACGAAGCAAGAUGCUGUCGAGAGGGCUCUGCAUCUCGGACGACAGGUUCCGAAACUCAUGGAAAAAGGCAAAGCCAAAUUCGGCGCGCGAUUUGAGCAAGGAGAUUCCAAAUGCCUCACCACACUCUCGGCACAGCUGGUUAGGCUAGAGUACGAGGUUCGACAACCUCUGUAUGAUAGUGCUCUAGCUGCAUCACCGACUCCCAUAUCUCAUGACGAGAUCAUCAAGACUGCCAGAAGUAUUCGCAGGACAUGUCUCACCGCUAUACGCGAACAGUACACCCGCUUCCAAUCGCCAACCUCAACUCCGGUACUUCCGCCUCCCCGGUUCAAAGUGGAAUUCUGCCCUUUUGCAGAUCAAGCCAGGCAUAAUCUGAAGGAUAAGGAGUCCACCAACCUCCAAACUAAAAAGUUGAAAUCAAGCAGCCGAAGUGACGACCGCGAAGCAUGUCUCCAUUGCGAUGCAUGCAUUUCCAUAACCGCACAUUCUGGACUCCCUGAUUACCGAAACAUCCUAUUCAUGUCGCAUAUAGCUCUGGAUCCACGGGCCACUGAUGAUAGAGCGACCUUUGCGUGUAAGAGCUGCUAUAAGACCUUUGACGAUUCAUACGCCUUUCUCGAUCAUGUGUUCCAGAAGCGAAUCGGAAGCGCGAGAAGCUGUUUACAGAGAGCAAGCACCAUCGGCGACUUCAAAGGACAACUCAUAGAGUACGACCCUUCAGUGGUGCAACAAUGCCUGAAGAAUUGCCUGAAGCGUGAGCUGAUGCGAGCAAGAACGCUUAGGAUGAUGAAGAGUCACAUCGACAUGUCCGAAAAAGUGCUGCAUUCGGCCAAAGGUGAUGGGCUUGACUUCCAUUCGAUUUCUACAAAUUCCACCACGUCCCGACGUACCCAGGAGUAUCAAAGUUACGAUACAAUGAACAAUAACUGUCAUAGUGGACUGGGCGGUCUCGAACACCGCCACGAGACAGCAGCUUCGCCACAGACUGUUCGACUUUCCCGGCUCGGGAUGAAAGAUCAUCAUCGUCCGUUGUCAUUCGUUUCCUUCAACGCGAAGUACAAAGUACUCCCACCAUGCCUCGACUUGAAGCCUGUCUACAAGCUCGCCGGCUACUAUAUUUCCAUUUGCGCCGUGAACCUCUGCCGAGACGAACCACCCGGUCAAUUGCGUCUCAGCAGCGACGCAAAAACCCGACAUCCGGCACACACUGCCGCACCAGACACCACGAGCAUCAAAACACCGUACAAAGUUGGACCCUACCCAUCCGAUCUACCCGUCUUGAGUCCGCCCGAAAAGGCCACCGACAGGAUAUGGAUAACGAAGCCGACAACGAACUUUUUUCUUUUCUCUUGGAACGCAGACUUGGCGGAUCCCUCAAUGGUACCGCGCAUCCGUAUACAGCCUUGGAAAACUUUCCCGCGCGCCCAAUUAUACCGCUGCCCGUUGAACGCAAUCGCCGUCCCUGCAUGGGGGACCAAGGACUUGGGCGGAGUACUUGGAGGAGAAGAAAACAAUCAAGAUAAGCGGAGGACCGAGAAGAAAGAUUAUCCCUCUGUAUAA